UAAAUUCAGUUAUGUUAGCCGUGGCAGUGUAUUCAUGUCAUCUCAGCAAAUUUACAUUACAUAAAACAGCAGACAUUUUGAGUUUAUUAAGUUUUUACUUGCCACAGGUUUAACUCCAGCAGAAGCAACUGAACCUGUUCCUUCCUCCCAUCUUAUGUUCACUUCAACCAACCCAAUUCCCUCCAGAUAUUAAAAAAUCAGUAAUUUAAAGUGUUGGAGCAGCAAAUCCUUUUUGGACAUGGAGCUGUGGAAUAUGACUGAUACGCCAGCCAAGCCAUUUUCACCUCUGUCUAAUUGCACUGUUGACACGAGCUACCGCUUCACCUUCUAUCAAGUGUCCUAUGGUGUCAUCUUCCUGCUGGGGUUGGCCACCAACAGCCUAGCUCUGCGCAGACUGUGUCUAUCUCCCUGCACCAUGAACAGCACAGCCAUUUACAUGGUCAGCCUGUCAGCUGCCGACUUGUUUUUUGUAAUUUCUCUGCCCCUGAGAAUCUACUACUACCACCAAAAGGCCAGAGCCUUGUCCUCCAAGACAGGAUACCAAUCCAGUUGGACUCCUGGGGUGGCAUACUGCCACCUCACUUUCACCCUUAAAUACAUCAGCCUGUAUGGGGGCAUCUUCUUCCUAGUUUGCAUUGCUUUGGAACGCUACUUUGCUGUGGUGUAUCCGCUGGCUUCAACACUCCGCAGGCUGCGUGUUGCACAGCUGGUUAGUGGGGGGAUCUGGUGCCUGGUCCUCGGGCUCAGUGUGAGUCUGCCUCUGCUGCGCUCUGCAGCAGCUGACCAACACCAGCCCUGUCUGCUGGACCCGUCCUCGCAAAGCCACCGCACCAUCAUCCUGGUAGCUCUGGCCUUAGUCCUAGGGUCAUUUCUGCUGCCCACUGUGCUACUUCUCUGCAGCUACUGCAGAGUGCUGAGUGUGCUUCGUCGGCCGAGACACUGCUCCCGCAGCCAGCGCCACAGCCGUCGCCACACUCUCACUGUUAUUUACUGGGUGCUAGGCAUCUUCCUGCUGUGUUUCGUCCCCUAUCACAUCAACCUCCUGGGAUACACCCUCACACACGUGGGUCUGCUGCCCCAUUGUGGCCUGGCCAAGGUGACCAAGGCUGUGCACCCCGUGGUGCUAUCACUAGCAAGCCUCAACUGCUGCCUCAACCCACUCAUCUACUAUUUCUCCAACAGCCUGGUGAACAGGGAGGCGCCCUGUGGUGGAGGGAGUGGCAGCCAGUGACACAGAUCA